AUGAACGCAUCAAGAGCCGUAUUUUCUAAAAUUUUUUGGCCAGCACAUGCUUGUUCAUUACAUACUAAACCAGGAUUCUUAGUUGGUUGGAAUGUUCGUAGUUUUACAGCAUGUGUUGCUGCAGUAAUAUCUAAUGUUAAGCUUAGUGAUUUAGAGACUACAUUGUCUGCCUUGUCAACAGAUAAUAGUUCAUCAUUCAUAUAUAUGGAAACGGUUUGUGGUGAACCUCCAAUAGUUUUGGGUGUAAUGACUACCGCACAUUCAGAUAAUGAAAGUGAAACAGAUAAUACUCUUUUAGAAGAAAAAAAAAAAUCUGCAUCUUUUUGGAUGACAAUGCAUUUACAGAAUAAUAAUUUGCCAUCAUUAAGAUCAAUACAUUGUUGUGGCUAUCGUUAUCGAGAUGUAAGUUCAGAAAUUAUUUUUUACAAGCAACCAAAUCCAACUAGGCUACAAUACCUCUCACUUGAACCAUUAGUGUUGGAUAUUCAGCAAAAUAGUGGACAAAUUAUUGAAAAACACUCAAUCGCACUAAAAAGUAGGAAAAAACUUAUAAAUUCUCAAAGACAAAUGAAUACUAUGUAUCUUAUCUUAAAUCAGAUUAAUUCAUCAUUUGAAACUGAGAAAGCCAUAUUAACCAGAUGUCGCCUUUUCACCAUAAGACGUAAUAGACGUAGCACAAGUGUUUCAGAAACAGUUAAAAAAUCAGCAGUUGGAAUAGGGAAAUUCAUAAAAAACAGUUUUCUCUAUCCAAUACAUUACGCUAUUCCUAUGAUUCGGCCAAUAAUUGCACAGCCUAUGAUUUAUUUGUUGAUGUUGGUUAGAAUAUUUGCAGAAUUAAUACUUUGGAUUUUAAAUCUAAGAUUUCCAACAUGGAUGUUUAAUGGAACAGCAUUAAAGGAUUUAUCCGCAACAUUGCAGCAAAUUGAUUUACGUCUUCAACAAGCAUGUUUUUGGUCUUGGCAAUAUAUGCUACUUAGACGAAGGGAUUGGACUAAUACUGCAACAACAAGAGCACAAUAUAUAAGUUUCUACAAUAGUAUGUGGCUUGUAGCAAAUGAUAUAAUAAUUGGUGUCACAUUUGGAUCCUUUCUUUUUAAUAAUAGUGAACACGUUGCAAAUAUUAUUUUGAAGGAGUAUCUUGAUCAUUACACUAUAGCAAAAUUAGUGUCUAUGAUUGAUUGGUUGAUGGGUUGGCCAGCUGGUUUAAAAUUAAACAGUGAUCUUAAUAAAUUUAUGGGAGAAUUGUUUUUGUGGCUAAUUGAUUUAUGGAGAGAUUGUGUUGCAGAUGUGGGUCCAUUAACACCUAAAAUAAUGCAAAUUAUCGGAUUAUCUGGAAUGUUGGGUGCAUCUAUGUUAUUCUUGAAAAUGAACGCAUCAAGAGCCGUAUUUUCUAAAAUUUUUUGGCCAGCACAUGCUUGUUCAUUACAUACUAAACCAGGAUUCUUAGUUGGUUGGAAUGUUCGUAGUUUUACAGCAUGUGUUGCUGCAGUAAUAUCUAAUGUUAAGCUUAGUGAUUUAGAGACUACAUUGUCUGCCUUGUCAACAGAUAAUAGUUCAUCAUUCAUAUAUAUGGAAACGGUUUGUGGUGAACCUCCAAUAGUUUUGGGUGUAAUGACUACCGCACAUUCAGAUAAUGAAAGUGAAACAGAUAAUACUCUUUUAGAAGAAAAAAAAAAAUCUGCAUCUUUUUGGAUGACAAUGCAUUUACAGAAUAAUAAUUUGCCAUCAUUAAGAUCAAUACAUUGUUGUGGCUAUCGUUAUCGAGAUGUAAGUUCAGAAAUUAUUUUUUACAAGCAACCAAAUCCAACUAGGCUACAAUACCUCUCACUUGAACCAUUAGUGUUGGAUAUUCAGCAAAAUAGUGGACAAAUUAUUGAAAAACACUCAAUCGCACUAAAAAGUAGGAAAAAACUUAUAAAUUCUCAAAGACAAAUGAAUACUAUGUAUCUUAUCUUAAAUCAGAUUAAUUCAUCAUUUGAAACUGAGAAAGCCAUAUUAACCAGAUGUCGCCUUUUCACCAUAAGACGUAAUAGACGUAGCACAAGUGUUUCAGAAACAGUUAAAAAAUCAGCAGUUGGAAUAGGGAAAUUCAUAAAAAACAGUUUUCUCUAUCCAAUACAUUACGCUAUUCCUAUGAUUCGGCCAAUAAUUGCACAGCCUAUGAUUUAUUUGUUGAUGUUGGUUAGAAUAUUUGCAGAAUUAAUACUUUGGAUUUUAAAUCUAAGAUUUCCAACAUGGAUGUUUAAUGGAACAGCAUUAAAGGAUUUAUCCGCAACAUUGCAGCAAAUUGAUUUACGUCUUCAACAAGCAUGUUUUUGGCCUUGGCAAUAUAUGCUACUUAGACGAAGGGAUUGGACUAAUACUGCAACAACAAGAGCACAAUAUAUAAGUUUCUACAAUAGUAUGUGGCUUGUAGCAAAUGAUAUAAUAAUUGGUGUCACAUUUGGAUCCUUUCUUUUUAAUAAUAGUGAACACGUUGCAAAUAUUAUUUUGAAGGAGUAUCUUGAUCAUUACACUAUAGCAAAAUUAGUGUCUAUGAUUGAUUGGUUGAUGGGUUGGCCAGCUGGUUUAAAAUUAAACAGUGAUCUUAAUAAAUUUAUGGGAGAAUUGUUUUUGUGGCUAAUUGAUUUAUGGAGAGAUUGUGUUGCAGAUGUGGGUCCAUUAACACCUAAAAUAAUGCAAAUUAUCGGAUUAUCUGGAAUGUUGGGUGCAUCUAUGGUUAUAUCACUUCUUUCAGAUUUUUUAUCCUUUAUGACAUUACACAUAUAUUUGUUUUAUAUGGUUGCUGCUAAAAUAUAUAAUUGGCAACUUACAAUAUUAUAUUCCUUGUUUAAUUUAUUUCAAGGAAAAAAAUGGAAUACAUUAAGGAAAAGAAUUGAUUCUUGUGAUUAUGAUUUAGAUCAACUACUCUUGGGAACAAUUUUAUUUACUUUAUUGACUUUCUUAUUUCCCACUGUGGUAGUAUAUUAUGCUACUUUUGCAGCAGCAGUCAUGGAAACACUGUUAGCAUUUUUGAAUCAUUUUCCCUUAUUUGCAAUAAUGUUAAGGUUCAAAGAUCCAGAAAGACUACCAGGUGGUUUAAGAUUUGAAAUUUGUGAUCCUGAUUAUUUUGCAACGUAUGGAAUUGCAAGGGUUGUGAAAGGAAUAAAAUCUUUUUGGCCAUGGACAAAUAAUUCUCAUAAAAACAUUAUUGAAGAUCAAACAAAACGAUCUAUCAUUGCAACAAAAGGCAGCUCUUCUAUAAUACAUAAUCGAGAUUUUAAUUCAAAAGUAUCUGAUCGAGUAAUUAGGCUAAGGAAAAAUAUAAUAUAUGAAUCUGAUAAUGCCUCGAUUGUAUCGAGCACAACUACAUCACCAACAAAGUUAUUUCCAAAUAAUUCUUCUACAUUUAUAUCAGCCCCUAAUGUAAGCUAUUUAUUUAUGCAGAAUUUGCCCAUUCCUUUAUCAGCAAUUUUUUUCCAAUAUCUUUUAUUAUGGAAACGUUUAAGUUCUCAUUAUUUUUCUUUUUAUGUGUUAAAAUGUCUUGUAAGCGGAGAAACUAUAAAACCAAUUGCAAGGUUACAAUACCCCAUGUUACCAGAGACUAGGCAAGUUUAG